UAUUGAAGGCAAUGUUUUGAUCUGUACUCAUAGAUCCAAACAUUGCCGUCAAUACAAAUGUAUCUGGAGUUGGUGGGACAGUGUGCAGACAGUGUGCAGUAGUGAUAUUUUUGUCUUGCACCUGCAUACUGUUGCCUAGAUGUGCACACACUUGGUGCAAUUAUAAACAAUUUGUAUUGUUCCUUUUCAUAGAAAAAAUGUUGGAGGUUAUACCAUGGAGUUAUCCUUCUUUGUUUUAUUAUCUUAUUUUGUGUGAGUGUUAUUCGUAGUGAGCCUGUAGCAAGAUCAACAAGAUGAUCAAUUUGAGAAAACUGAAGGUAGCAUAGGAUUUCUCUGUUAUAUUGAGACAUUAAAUGUUGAGAAAAUCACUUAACAUUUAGCUACAGCACUAUCGGAUAGACAUCUACGGUAGUAAAUAAUUUCAUUUUUGUUUGUUAUUUGUGGGCAGCAAGACUACAUGAGCUCAAAUAACUGGGCUGAGCCGACUAGCAUGCUACAGCCGAUAGACAACAACUGGUACGCUACCAAAACUCGCUCGCUUUCUGUUCCACGUGUGCGAGUAGUAGACAUAAAUAGGCAAGUGUUUGGGUUACAGGGCAUACUACUGAACCUUGGAAGUUGCACACCAAACUCAAAAAUCCUGUUCCAAAUGUUACCGUUAAGACUCGAAUAUACUCGGGAGCGGACACGGACAGCUGCGGACCCCGCGGACAUGGACCACUUCUACUACUUUCUGCAGUCGGCUUGGCGGAAAUGUUUCACACAUGCACAGUAGAUUGGUUGCUGCCCUGGUAGCGCAAGUUGCUGUCCGCGUGAUCACAAAAAAUGACGUCCGCACAGACCGUACCCGUACCCCCUCUGAUGAUGAUUUUUUUCGUCACACGGACCAUAGCAUACUCGCGGACGCGGAAAGUAUAAUCCUUGCCUUACACCCCUGUUCUUAAUAGGGCUGUCGCGGUGAAGUAAUUUCGCUUGAGGUGAUUUGUUGGGGCUCAACAGUGAGUUCUCCAUAUGUGGAAACACUACUCAGCGAAUGCCUAGAUUGACAUAAGAUAACAAAUAAGCUGCAAGAAACUGACACCCAGUUCUCACUCUAGACACAAAGGCUGCUACGAGGAUGUCUGGCUCUACCCAAGAAGAAGAGGAGUUGCCUGCCAAUCACACAGGUCCAAAAGGCGUAAUUAAUGACUGGCGAAGGUUUAAGUUGGACAGUGUAGAUCAGACUGCCCCCCAAAGAAAGAGAGAGCUGCUCAGACAAAUGUCCAGUCCACGAGAGGAUGACAAGGAGAGACUCAACAGAAAGAUGAGUGUGCAGGAGUACGAACUCAUCCAAGACGAGGAUGAACGUUGCCUGAAACGCUACAGAAAACAGUGCAUGCAGGAAAUGCACGAGCGCCUGAGCUUUGGUCCGACGUUUGAGGUUGUCUACGAGCUUGAAAGUGGAGAAGCCUUCCUGGAAGUGAUAGAGAAGGAACAUCGUUUGACCCCAGUGGUAGUCCACAUCUACCAGCACGGUGUCAAAGGCUGUGAACAGCUGAACUCAUGUCUGGACUGUCUGGCUUCGGAGUACCCCAGUGUUAAAUUUUGUCGCAUUGAUGCUGUGGCAACAGGUGCUGCUGAGCGCUUCUCCUCUGAGGUUCUUCCUGCCCUGCUGGUUUACAAAGCUGGUGAGUUACUGGGUAAUUUCCUGGCUGUUACCAAACACUUCAAUGAAGACUUCUUUGCAACGGAUGUGGAGGCGUUUCUCAAUGGAUACGGCCUGUUACCUGAGAAGGAGUUCACAGCCUGUGCUGAUGAUGAGGAUGAGGGAGGCGACGUGGAAUAGAAAGAGAAGGAAAGACGAAAGAGAAGAGGAUGAUAGUUGAGAGAAGGGGACAAAAGGAGGAAUUGUAGUAGAGGGAAGUGGAAUAAAGUAGAGAAAGAGGAAGAGGGGACAAUGGAAGGGAGUGCAGAAGAAAGGAAGUGUGGACAAAAAGAAAGAAGGGGAGAACGACAAGUGGGACAGUGUCUCACUCAUGACACACACAAACAAACGAGUUAAACACACAUAAUAGUAAAAAACCCACCAGAUUGUAUUUAGAAACAGUUAGACCACAUGGUGUGGGAAAGUAUGUGCAGAAAUACUGCUUUCCAAUAAAAAAUACUCUAGCAAA